GAAGCUUAUUCAUUGGUAUCUCCUCAUUAAUAUUCAGUCCGCGGGAUUUAAGUCUCAGCAUGACUUCGAGUGCAGGGACUGUUGAAAGGUGCUUAAGUCUGAGAGACUGAUUUGGAUUUCAGUAUCAACUUUUUGUUACAUUUUCAGCAAGGAUCAGGUGCGAAGCAGUGAGUCAUUCAUAUCAAACACCUGCACCAGUAUACAUGAGGGUUAAUUUCACUAUCUACCUGACAAGACCCCCAUUCAUCUUUGUACUUUCAACUGGAAUGAUCUGAUGGAAAAAACACAAUGAUCUCAAUCAUUAAAACCUGCUUCAGAGGGAUCUACAGUUGUCAUUGGAACAGUGAUAAUACAAGACAAAAAAGGUCAUGCUGCUGGUUCUCUUUUCUGUCUUUUGUGUCCAUACUUGCCCUGAGUUGGAUGUACGUUUGCUUUAUUGCCUUCAAUGACCACACUGAUGUAAAUGAGCUUGCCUUCAAAAAAUUGGAAAAAUGGGUGGACUGGUACAUGAUAGUGAUAGUGAUUUCUGCUGUGCUAGCCACUUACUGUUUCCUUCUACUGGUAUUUGGAUUGCUACAUUUCGCAAUUAGAGAGCCCUUGAAUUUGCACUGGCUGCAUAAGGUGUUUCUGUUUUUGGGUCUCCUCACUGAUACUAUUGGUAUAGCUGGAUUUAGUAAAGAAUGGAUAGAGGAGUGGCAAACUGUCUAUAUGUCAUUUCAGGCCACGGCUCCUUUCCUGCAUCUGGGUGCUGUGGUGGCUUUGACCUUGAUCAGCUGGCUCGUGUUCAAGAGUUAUCAUACAUCUGCUUGCAAGGUUUUUAUAAUGAUGACCUUCUUGGUAGUGUCUGCUGCUGUGUUCCUUUGUCCUCUUGCAAUCUAUUCUCCAUGCAUUACCAGUAACCUUCCCCCAAAACCCUCCCUCGUCGGACAUCGUGGCGCUCCAAUGCUGGCUCCAGAGAAUACCAUGAUGUCAUUCAGGAAGAGUAUGGAGUGUGGCGUGGUGGCAUUUGAAACAGAUGUGCAAAUCAGCAACGACAUGAAGCCUUUUCUUAUGCAUGACAAUGGUAAAAAAUUUCUGCUACGAACAACUGAUGUGAAGAAGAAAUUUCCAGGUCGAGAUAACAACAUGCACACUAACUUCACGUUGCAAGAGUUACAGAUGUUAAAUGCAGGCGAAUGGUUUUUAAGGACAGAUCCAUUUCAUUCAGUGUCAUCGCUCUCAGAGGAAGAGAAAAGGGAGGCUAACAACCAGACAGUACCAUCUCUUUCUGAGCUCUUGGUCAUGGCCAAAAAGCAUAAUGUGUCCCUCAUAUUUGACCUAAAAAAUGAGAACAACUCAACUCAAUUCAAGAAAAGCAACUCCUUCUACACCAUUGAAACUAUCAUAAAGUCAGGCAUCUCACCAGACAAGAUAUGGUGGCUUCCUCGAGAAUAUAGACACAACGUGAGAGAUAUUUCAUCAGGAUUUAAACAGGUGUAUAAUGUGGUUGACGAAAUGAAUGCGGAUGGUGGAAACUUCCUGAAUAUGAAAUACAGUUCACUGAGCACUCAUAAAAUAAGUGAGCUGCGGGAAAAAAACGUGUCUGUGAAUCUGUGGGUUGUGAAUGAACGUUGGCUCUUCUCAUUAUUGUGGUGUUCUGGGGCCAGUUCAGUGACCACCAAUGCCUGCCACAUCUUCAAAAACAUGUCUAAGCCUGACUGGCAUCUGGAGCCUAAAAAGUACAUGGGAAUAUGGAUCUCGGCUGACGUGAUAUCAUUGCUGUUGAUGGUUGGGCUGUUUCUUUGGCAAAGGAGAAAGAGCCAUGUUUCUCGUCAAAACAGAGAAGAGAAGGGUGUCCCCCUGCUUGAUCGCUGAAAGAUGCCAGCCUUGUCAUGAAAGAGCAUUUCCUUUUUUUAACUUUUUUUGAAGGAUUGUAUGUGGUUAUCAAAAUAAAAUCAUGUCAUAUUAAAUGUGUAAUUCAGUAAAUUCACAUAAUAUUUGUACUUAAUUGGUAUGAGAAUUGAUAUAUUUGAUAUAAUUUCCUCAUUAGGGCAGCAAAUUGUGCAAUGCUGCCACCCAUUGACAGAAGUAUGUAAUUUCAGCCCUUUGUCUUGCAACACCAGAACUUUUACUUUUCAUUUAAAUAACAAUAUUUUUUAUAGAUGUUGUUUGUGUAUGUGAUACUUUGUGAGGCACUUUAAGAAAGUUUUUAAAAUGUUGAACCCACUUUAUUAUUAAAUGUCUUUAACUACUA